CAACCACAUGCACUUUGUAGCCUCUUUUCCUUUGCCUUGUUGACAUUUUGGAGCCAUGACACUCUCCAGUGACUACGAAGCGUCCCUGGGGGAGAUCGACAUCGUCGGUGAGGACGAUCCGAGCUCCGGGGCGGAGUUCGACUCCUCGGGUGCGGACUCCUCCGCGGAGAGCGAGGGCGCGGACGCUCCGACCCCCUCGUCCCCCUCCCCGUCGUCCUCCUGUGGGAAGGCUGCGGUGAAGCCGCCGUACUCCUACAUCGCGCUCAUCACCAUGGCCAUCCUGCAGAGCGCCAUGAAGAAGCUCACCCUCAGCGGCAUCUGCGACUUCAUCAGCAACAAGUUCCCUUACUACCGGGAAAAGUUCCCCGCCUGGCAGAACUCCAUCCGGCACAACCUGUCCCUCAACGACUGCUUCAUCAAGAUCCCCCGGGAGCCCGGGAACCCCGGGAAGGGCAACUACUGGUCCCUGGACCCGGCUUCGGAGGACAUGUUCGACAAUGGCAGCUUCCUCCGGCGCAGGAAGAGGUUCAAGAGGACCCCGGCGGACUUGGGGAAGGAUGGACUCGUUUUCUACUCCAACUACUGCCGACAUUUUGGCCAGCCGUACCCGCUGCCCGUGCAGGUCGUUCCCGCGCAGGACGGCGUCAUGAGGUCCUACUUUGUGAAGCGCGGUGGAGCCAAAGACUUGAUCGGCGCGGAAGCGACCGGCCGCGCUGGCCAAUCCAAAUGCUCCUUCAGCAUCGACUCCAUCAUGAGCAGGCCGGCUCUCCCCCACCACAGCACCGUGCGCUACCAACACUUUGUGUCCAACCCUGCGGCCUGCCUGGUUCCUGCACCCCGCCUGGUUCCUGCACCCCUGCACAGUCCCGCCACUCCGUUUGGGCCUUCCUCCGUUCUGAGCAGUGCGCAUGUCAGACGUUCCUACCCACACUGCUGACAUGUGCCGUCAUGACGUCAUUGUGUCCUCACAUGCACGAUGUUAGUGUGGCUCGUUUCUUAAAGAAAUAUAUACUGUACAGACUGCAUGAUAUUUGUGUACGUUGGCAUGGUAACC